UGACCAAGAAGUAAGGUUUUCAGCUAAAAGAAGGAAAAUCGAGAUGAGAUCUUAGGGAGAAAUGUUUUGCUGUGAGUGUGGGGAGGCCCUGGCCCAGGUUGCCCAGAGCAGUGGUGGCUGCCCCAUCCCUGGAGGGGUUCAAGGCCAGGUUGGAUGGGGCUUGGAGCCCCUGAUCCCGUGGGAGGUGUCCCUGCCCAUGGCAGGGGGUGGAACUGGAUGGGCUUUGAGGUCCCUUCCAACGCAAACUAUUCUUUGAUUCUCUGUGGUGAUGUGAGAAUGGUCCCAGUAUCUCAACCAGCCCUGAUGUCCCCAGACACAAGUGGGUAACCAUGAAGCAGGAUGGUGUUGUGGGAAUGGUGCCAUCAUCUCCUCCAGCCCUCGAUGUCCCUAGAUGUGACUGGGUGACCAUGAAGCGAGUUGGGGAUGGUGUGGCAAUGGUCCAAACCCUCUUGGCCAGAGCCGAAGCCGCUUCCCUGUGGGUCAGGACCAGGUUCUGUGCGCAGGGAUCCCUGUGGAGCCAGCCUGGCCGGUGGGGUCCCCACUGGGGACGGCGUUUCCUGCGCGAGGAAGUGGGCUGAGGCCGGCCGGGGCUGUGGCUUCCCGCACCGGCGGUGACGGAGCUUCUGGUCCCAGAUGCCUGGUCCCUGGACACGGGCAGCUCCGCUGAGGCUCCCUGACAUGAAGUGGCUUUGGGUGGUGGCUUUUGUGGCACCUGCCUGUACCGUCCCCUACAACAGCACAUCGGGAAGCGCUGAGGAAGGAGGUCGCUGCACCCCCCAACACGGCACCCUGGGCACCGAGGUGCUGCUGCGGUGCCCGACGGCGUCGGGGGGGACAGUGGAGUGGCACCAGGGGGACACUGUCCUGGGAACAUACCCUGCGCCCGGGCUGGCUGUCCCCAACGCCAGUCUGGCCCAUGAGGGCCACUACAGCUGCCACCACCCUGACACCGGAGACACCUUGGCCACCAUCUGCCUGCGGCUGGGCUACGCCCCUGCGUCCCUCGUUGUUGAGUGCUGGGCCAUCAGCUACCCGCAGGUGGUCAACUGCUCCUGGGACCUGAGCCCCGAGCCGCUGCUGGACACCGACUUCAUGGCCACGUACAGGCACGGCGUGCCGGGGGGCAUGGAGCCCAGCGAGUGCAUCCGCACUGGGCCACGGAGCUGCUCCUUUGGGAACAUGCAGAUGUUCUCCCUCACGCCCUACGUGGUGAACGUGACGGCCGUGAACCCCCUGGGUGCUGCCUCUGGACACCAGCUCUUCCUUCUGGAGAACAUCAUAAAGCCGGAUCCCCCCGAGGACCUGCGGGUCUCGCCCAUCCCUGGGGAAACCACGAAGCUGCUGCUGGAGUGGCGCCCACCAGGGUCCUGGCCCUUCCCGAAUUAUUUCCCGCUGAAGUAUCACAUCUGCUAUUCCUGGGAGGAAAGCUCCGUCACCAAAAUGGUUGGGCCCUUCGAGCAGACAUCGUUCAUCCUGACGGGAGCGCGGGCUGGCAUCCGCCACCACGUCCAGGUGGCUGCAAAGGACAUCAUGGACUCAGGGGAAUUCAGUGCCUGGAGCCUGGUGGCCUCGGGGACGCCCUGGAUGGAGCCAAGGGAAGCAGAGCAGGGCCAGCAUUCCCUUCCCCACCCUGCUCCUCUCCCUCAUCCCCACGAGGGACCCCCCACGCCCCAGCCACUUGCUGUCCCAACGGAGCCACCGGUGCCGGAGGGAGUCACCAGAGACAGCCAAUAA